ACACACACAUUAGCUGUGGCGUAAACUGGAGCAUAUUGACUUCCAGUGACAGCAGACGCUGUUUAAAUCCCCCACUCACCCCCAUUCUGCACAAGCGACAGCAAGCUGAGACUGGACACCGGGAGCAUUUGCUCGAGUGAUUGUCUGUGCGCGUGCGGCCUGGCACUCUGACACCGAGGCGCACUGUGCGCGCGCGUUCUUCGCCAGUGUAACCAAAAGCUGGGAAAAGGCGUAUCAGUUCGUAGGGAGGCGGCGAGGACCCAGUCUCAUUAGAAUCUAGUCUGCAGACCCUUCGCUGGUCGCGCGCAUUUUACUACUACAACUCCUCACGGUGACGCUUCAGCUGUCGACGGAGUGGCACGCGCGCAAAAGCUGUGGAGAAGAGGGCACCCGCCCGGGACAAUGGAACCGAACCCUAGCCGUUAAACAGUUGACACACACGCACGCACGCGCACACACUGCAGCUGAGAGAGAGAUCAGGCGUUCGGAAGGAUAAAGGCGACAUGGCGAAAACGGACAAGCUCUGAAGUUUGGAGGUUCUGCUGUGAGGAUUAUUGUACAGUCCACGGUCUGACCGGCGAAACGAGGACCAGAGUUUGCAUCACUGUAUCCAAGGGAAUAAGCCCACGUUAUGGCGCGCGCUGACAGCCGUUUGGGGACCUGGCAGGUGCUCCUGACCAUCUCAGUGGUCAUCCUCCAUGUGUCUGCUCACGGGAGGCAUUCAGUUGGCAAACAUCACCAUCAUCGCAACCAUUCAUCUGUCAACAAGGAGGCCUUGAACACCAGGAUGGUGCUAAGUGAUGACUCAGCAGAGAGAGACCAUCUGAUUGGAGCAAGCCUUGUGUUUGGCGCCAAACUCCCACUCAGCUCCACCAAACACCACCACUCACAUAAGCGCGUCCACUUGGAUUUUGUAGAGGAGGACCCACCGGUGGCGGAGGAGCUAACCGCAGGAGGUGCGGGUCCAGAUCAGCCCGGGAACCCGUUAUCCGAUGACGUCAUCACCGUGGAGUUUCACAGUCCUGCCCCCGACGUCGUGCCCUCCGAUGCUGCUCUGGGAUGGGCGAAAGCCCCCAAGCCCCAAAAGCAGAAGGCAGGUGACCCUACAUCAUGGACCCUUUCUGAUUUUUACGACUAUCUAUCCCCCGAUGAUGACGACCCCUCGGCAGUCGAUACAACCCCAGAACCCGAACCCUCCCCGUCACCUCCAGCAGAAAUGGAGGAUGAGAAUCCGCUCCUGGCUGGUUCUCCUGCUGUUCCCGACAAGGUCAAGCCUAACGUGGACAGCAGGCCACCCUUACCAGCUCCUCCCACGUCAGGGCCAGACCAGGACGAGGGGCUAGGCUUAGGAGGUGCCAUGGGGGAGGGUGGCUGCAGGCUGGGCUUUGUGCAGUCUGGGCCCGGGGUGUGUGUAUCUCAGUGUGACGUCGAACCCAAUUUCUGCUUCAAUCAAGGGGUGUGCACCGUAGUGCCAGGAAUGGGAGCCUUCUGCAGGUGCAAUGUGCAGGACUACGUGUGGAACAAAGGCGCGCGUUGCGACUGGGCCGUCACUGAGUUCCAGGUGCUGUGCGUGGUGGUGGGCGUGUCCUCCGUGGUCCUCCUGCUGCUUUUUAUGAUCAUCGUAUUCUUCGCCAAGAGGCUGCACCACCUCAAGAACGAGAACAAGCGCCUUCGCAAACGCAGUAAGUACCGCCCACAGAGCAGCGAGCCACAGACGGACGGCCUCUCAGUUUCCACAACAGCUGACGGCUCACAGCCAAAUGUAAGGAAACUGUGUGACACCCCUCCGCCCGCUCCCCAAGCUCAUUCUCACAACCUGGCGUACUAUGACAACAUUAUCUGUCAGGAUGAGCCGCAGAAACAGGAGAACCAAGCCAAGUCCCCGCAGCCCAAGGAAGAGGGGUCUAUGAACAUCCUCAACUCUCACUCCCCGAAGCACGAGAACAACCGCCCGGCCUCCGCCGUCCAGGACCACGGCCUCACUCCUAACAACACGGAGGAAAAAGCCGAGGUAAACAUGCUCCAGAACAACCUGGUAUAAAGCUUCACCUUCUGUUAAAGUGUGCACACACACUCUCACACACACACAAACGACAAAGCGCCAAGGCUAACAUCGUUUACACCAUGCAAAGUGCAUACUGUGCAUUUCUAGCAGUCUGAUGAGACCUAAUGUAAAAAGUAAGCACAACAUGAAUUAAAGAUACAACUUGAAAAGCACAAUAGUCUUGUUUACAAGGCUACCAUGCCAACACUGAUCACAUAGUGGUGCCGCCGCCUCCUUCCUUUCAUAUCCGCCCCUUAUGCUGGACUAAAACCUCUGGCUUGGACCAACUAUUGACUGACUUUCCUUUCUGCUGAUGCCCUGCCUUGGUCUUUGGCCAAUGAAAUCCUUUGCUGUCUUUUCUCACGUUUCCCCAGCCCCUCCUUCCCCUUACCGCUGCUUGCCCCGCCUUAUUGUCGCUCUCUGCCCGCAUGCAUUGGUGUUAUCAAUGAAAAGUGUCUGAAAACAUAAUAUUUGCAACAACAAAAAAAUAAAAAGAAGUACGUGGAAAUUAAGUGGAUCUGUAUUUGCGAAAUAUUAAUGUUUGCUAAUAAGUGGAUAUGUCUAGAUUACAUGAGGUCAAAGUAACUGCUCGGAGUUGAUAUACUAUAUACAAUAGAUAUAUUACACACGCCGUGUCUUGAUUUUCAGUGUGAUUUAUAAUGCUUUAAUGUACCUUGCUAUUCUUUUGUACUUUUUUUGGUAUACAUGGAGGAUUACAGUUCACGGUUGUUGGAAUAAAUCUUUUUAAUUUUA